AUGGCAACCGCAAUGGACAUACCAAUCGCAGGCUGGAUCAGACCCGACAACGCCCUACACCUUGCCAUCUCCUUCGCCACCCUCUACGUCCUCUAUCACACCAUCCAAACAAUCUACAUCGCCUACUUCGGCCCGCUAUCAGCAUUCCCAGGCCCCAAACUACGAGCUCUGAGCCGCCUCCCGCGCAUUAUAACUCUAGUCAAAGGCACCGAGCCUGUCGACUUCCCAGCUCUGCACAAGCAGUACGGACCCAUCGUACGCAUCGCCCCGGAUGAGCUAUCAGUAAACACGGGCGCAUCAGGCUGGAAAGAUCUCCAUGGGUUCAAGAAACCCGGUCAGAACCACCCUUUCAAGGAUCCGUUCUUCUACGGCAAGCCGUUCAACGGAGUCGACUCCCUCAUCACAGCGAAUGAUGCCAAUCACACUCGUCAGCGUAAGCUAGUCUCGCAUGCCUUUGCGGAUAAGUCCCUGCGGGAUCUGGAACCGAUGUUGAAGCAGUGGGCCGGGACGAUGAAGGAGAAGCUGGGCGAGAAGGCUGCGGCUGGAGAGAGCGUGGAUAUGUUGAAGUAUUACAACAGCACGACGUUCGACAUUAUGGGCGACCUCUCUUUCAACGAAGGCCUCAACAUGCUCGAAGACGGCGAAUACUCCAGCUGGGUCAAAGCCAUCUUCCUCGGUAUCAAGAACGCAACGUUCCUCCGCGCGAUCAAGAUCUCGUCCUGGAUUGGGAAGUAUCUGGUAGAUGAAUGGCUGUUCAAGAGUGAGACGGUUCGAGUCAAGCAAGCCGAGCAUUGGAACUAUACCAAAGAGAGAGUCAAUCGACGACUGGCGAAGACGCCUGUACGAGCGGAUCUGUGGAGUAAGAUUUUGGAGAAGAGCAGCGGGCCUGAUGGGUUGACGACUGAGGAGCAUCAUUCUCUGGGCGCUCUCCUUAUGGUCGCCGGAACCGAGACCACGGCGACGGCGCUCAGCGGUGUUACCUACUACCUCUUGCGAAACCCCGAAUACCUCAAGAAACUCACGCAGGAGAUUCGCGAGAGCCAUUCGAGCUUCGACGACAUCACGCUGGAGUCCAUCGCUCGGCUGAAGUAUCUCCACGCCGUCCUGCAAGAGGGCCUACGAUGCUACCCACCCGUACCCACCGGCCUGAAUCGCCGCGUCCCCAAAGGCGGCGCGACAGUCUCCGGCGUCUUCAUCCCAGAAGACACGUCCAUGAGCAUCCACCAGUUCGCAACGUACCGCUCCGAAGACCACUUCAAGAACCCCUACGAGUUCCACCCUGAACGAUGGCUGGGCGACCCCGAGUACAAGGACGACCAUUUGGUUGCCGUGGAGCCGUUCAGCGUGGGCCCACGGAAUUGCAUCGGCAAGAACCUGGCGUGGCAUGAGAUGCGUUUGCUCCUGUGUACGGCGCUGUUGAGUUUUGAUAUGGAGUUGUGUGAGGAGUCGGUGGAUUGGAAGGAUCAGAAGAUUUAUAUUCUCUGGGAGAAGAAGCCGCUUAUGUGCAAGUUGAAGCCAGCCCAGAAGUAG